UUCUAUGUUAUACAUGUUUCUUAUCUCAUCAGUUGUCACCUGCACUAAUAUCACCCAUGAUUCUUUCAUUUUCUUGUUUACAGCGUAAGGAGUUGCAAUGCAGAGCAACCUUUCUUCGGAUAUCAUCGUUGAAAUACUCAUGAGAUUGCCAGUUAAGUCUAUUUGUCGGUUCAAAUGUGUUUGCAAGCUCUGGUGUUUGCUUAUCUCUGAUCCCACAUUCAUCAAAAGGCAUCUCAAUUUAGCAAUCAUAGAUAAAGACAUUGAGCACCAGAGGCAGAAGCUCAUUCUCCGCUCGAGCUCAACACCGUCUCUGUAUCAUGUGGAGUGUGAUGCUAUGACAUCUAACGAUGUCAUGGCGGUGAAGCUCCAUUUUCCAUUGAUAAGUUCAUUUGACAAAGUCAAGUUCAUUGGCUCCUUUAAUGGCCUCUUAUGCAUAUCUCUCGAACCGGAAAGACUUGUUCUGUUCAACCCUGCUACAAGGGAGCAGAAAGUGAAAAGAAUACCCAACUUAUACAUCGACAUCAACCGGUCCUUAGAUGAUCGUGUUUCUCGACCCCCGAUAUAUGGUUUCGGUUAUGACCACUCUUUUGAUGAUUACAAUGUUGUCAAAAUCAUGUAUGAAUCCAUUGUCUAUGUCUACUCAUUGAAAACAGAUACUUGGAGAAGAGCCCAAAGAUUCUCUUACCGUAGAUUUAACAGUGAUUCGGGUGUCCACCUCAAUGGCGCUGUCCAUUGGGUGUUUGCUCGAGGUAAGGAUUCUCCAUUAGUGUCGAUGCCAAGGUUGAUCGUUGCAUUCGAUUUUGCUGAAGGAAAGUUCCGGGAAUUGCCUCGACCAUAUGAUGAUGCAGAGAAUGUGACUGCAGUUGGGGUUUUAGGAGGAUGUCUUUGUUGGCUAGGGGAGCAACAAGAUUUCUGGGUUAUGAAGGAAUACGGUGUGAAAGAAUCAUGGACUAAAGUCGUGAUCGGCGUCCCCUUUUUGAACUUGAGACCAUUGUGUUUCUUGAAGAAUGAUGAAGCUUUGUUGGUGAUUAAUGAAGGAUUGAUUGUUUACAAUCCAAGAGAAGAUACACACAGGGAGAUUGUAAUCCAUGGCAUCAAUGGCAGGGGGAAACUGGAAAUAGAGACAUAUGUGGAGAGCCUUGUUUCACCUAAUGUAUGGAACUGGGAGUUGAAAGAGAUAUCAGAUUAAAAUUUGUGAGGAUUGGAUAUGUUUUUAAUUUCGAUAUAAAUAUUGUUAUUAUAUUUGAUAUCUGUUCAAGUUAAAUUUAUUU